AUGGGUGAAAAGCUCUCAUCUUCAGCAGAGCUCAAUGCUCGUUCCGUGAUGGACAGCUAUACCGACAGCACGUCUCCACGCAUCCCCGGUCUCGUCUACUGCGCAGUAGACAAAACCGGAGAGACCGUCUUCAGCCAUGCAUCGGGCAAUUCAGGGCUUGGUCAAUCUCCAAUGACUCUCGACACUGUUUUCUGGAUCGCCUCUUGCACCAAGCUCAUUACCAGCAUAGCUUGUAUGCAGCUGGUUGAAGGGGGCGUGUUGAGGCUAGACGACAGCGAUCAAAUCGAACAGCUUGCGCCGGAGCUCAAGGCCGUUGAAGUCCUUGAACGUUCUUCGUCAGGCGAGCUCUCCUUGGUACCAAAGCAAAGAAGUAUCACAUUGAGAAUGCUCUUGAAUCAUACAUCGGGUUUCGGAUAUGCUUUUGAAGACCUCAAGCUACAUGAUUGGUAUCAGCCUAAUGGGUUAGAUGACUUCUCAGGAAAUGUAAAAGACGUUCUGCUUCGACCGCUUGUUAACCAGCCGGGAACAAAGUUCCAGUAUGGUGUCGGCCUGGACUGGGCCGGAGCUCUCGUCGAACGAGUCUCUGGAAUUUCUUUGGAACAGUAUUUCCAAACAUUUAUCUUGAAGCCUCUCGAUAUUAAAAAUAUCUCAUUCUUUCCCACCGUCGAAAUGACAAGGUCACUGGCAUAUAUGCACCAGCGUUCCAAGGAUGGCUCAUUGAGCCUCACCGAUCAUAUCUACCGAUACCCCUUACUACCCUGCAAGUCAGACAAGCAACGCUUUUGCAUGGGGGGUGGCGGAUGUUUUGGAAAGCCACUCGAAUACUCUCGAAUCAUUGCAAGUCUCUUGAACGACGGAUUAAGUCCUCACACAGGCGCAAGGCUCCUCAGACCAGAAACCGUGCAAAAAAUGUUUACGGAUCAAAUUCCAACCAUGCCACGGUAUUGCAAUGAGUACAACCCAUCAGCUAAUCCCAAACUCGCCAACCCGACCCCGAUAUUCCCCAGUCCAGAUGAUGCAACCGAGGGCUGGGGUCUGUCGUUCUCGCUGAGUCACAGUCAAAGUCCGACGGGGCGAGCAGCUGGAUCUGGAUCUUGGGAGGGAGUGGCAAAUCUUUUCUGGUUUGCGGAUCGCGAGAAUGGAAUUGGUGGCAUCAUUGCCUCACAAAUUCUUCCAUACGGAGAUAUCGAUGUCAUGAGGUGUUCGGACUCGGUGGAGAAUAUAAUAUAUGAUGAUAUUGUUAAAGAAACGUGA